ACACCAUUCAAUCCUUCUCUCUUCUCUCAUCAUUUCUUCUUGAGCAUCUCUCUGUCACUGUUUCAGAAGCAAACCCGUCUUUGCCAUUGUUAAUUUGGACAGUGAGAUCAUUUGGGUUUCUGUGCUUCUUGGUGUGUGUGCAUGUGUCAGUGACUCAGUUAAGUUGCAGCACUUAGAUUUGAACCACCCUCCUCAUAGCUUGGUCCCAACUUUUCUGUGUAGUAUCCCUCAGAGUUUGGGUGUUUAUAUGCUCCAGAAAGUUUGAGACUUUCUUCUUGUGCUUCCAUUACAAACAUGGCAACUGUUCUUCCCCAACACCAGGCUUUUGAUGUCUCUGUGGAUGUGCAACCACAGAGCGGCUCUAAGUGUUUCGAUGACGAUGGCCGUCUCAAACGAACUGGAACUGUUUGGACCGCAAGUGCUCAUAUUAUUACUGCUGUGAUUGGUUCUGGUGUGCUGGCUUUAGCUUGGGCCACAGCUCAACUUGGAUGGGUUGCUGGUCCUGCUGUGAUGCUCUUGUUCGCUUUUGUCACUUACUACACUUCAACUCUUCUCUCUUUUUGUUACCGUACUGGUGAUCCCGUUACUGGCAAGAGAAAUUACACUUACACAGAUGCUGUCAGAUCCAACCUUGGUGGGUACAAGGUGAAGAUAUGUGGGUUUGUUCAGUACUUGAAUCUUUUUGGAGUUGCCAUUGGCUACACUAUAGCAUCAUCUAUAAGCAUGGUGGCUAUAAAGAGGUCUAACUGCUUCCACAGCAGUGAUGGAAAAGAUGAGUGUCAUGUGAACAGCAAUCCUUAUAUGAUUGCUUUUGGCAUUGCAGAAAUCAUAUUUUCUCAGAUUGAAAACUUUGAUCAGCUAUGGUGGCUCUCCAUUGUUGCUGCAGUCAUGUCCUUCACUUACUCCACUAUUGGACUUGGUCUUGGAAUUGGGAAAGUUGUAGAAACUGGAACUAUUAGGGGAAGCAUGACUGGAGUAGACAUCGGAACAGUGACUGAGGCUCAAAAGAUAUGGAGGAGCUUCCAAGCACUUGGUGACAUAGCCUUUGCCUACUCCUACUCUCUCAUCCUGAUUGAAAUUCAGGACACUGUGAAAUCCCCACCAUCGGAAGCCAAGACAAUGAGGAAGGCAACUCUAAUCAGUGUGGCAACCACAACCCUUUUCUACAUGCUGUGUGGCUGCAUGGGAUAUGCUGCUUUUGGGGAUGCAUCCCCCGGAAACCUCCUCACCGGUUUCGGUUUCUACAACCCUUACUGGCUCAUUGACAUUGCCAAUGCUGCCAUAGUCAUCCAUCUCGUUGGUGCCUACCAAGUCUUUGUGCAACCCCUCUUUGCUUUUGUUGAGAAAUCAGCAGCAGAAAAGUUCCCAGAUAGUCAAUUCAUCUCCAAAAACAUCAAAAUCCAAAUCCCUUGUGUCGGUCUCUACAACCUUAACAUGUUCAGAUUGGUGUGGAGGACACUUUUUGUGAUCACAACCACUGUGAUCUCCAUGAUCCUUCCAUUCUUUAACGAUGUCGUUGGCCUUCUUGGCGCUUUGGGAUUUUGGCCACUCACAGUGUACUUCCCUGUGGAGAUGUACAUUGUCCAGAAGAGAAUUCCAAAAUGGAGCACCAAAUGGCUUUGCCUCCAAACACUAAGCGGCGCUUGCCUCAUAAUCACCAUAGCUGCUGCUGCCGGCUCAAUCGCCGGGGUGAUUUCCGACCUCAAGACCUACAAGCCAUUCCAAUCCAGCUACUGAUUCAGCAAAACCUUUUAACACAGUCAUCAAUCAUCAUUACUCAGCAUAUAGUAGUCCUUCCAUUCUCGUUUAGCUUCUGUGGUAAAAAGUAUUUACCCUCAAAGUUCAACUUUUGUAACAAAAAGAAGAAGAAGAAAGAAUUGGUCAUUAGGAUUUCAAUUCUUGUUCAGGUUGAUAAUGAUGUUUGCAUAUAUAGAGUAACAGUUUUUAAGUAGAGCUUUCUAUUGGUCUGGCGGUGAUGUACUAGUUCUUUUCUCACUUGUCAAAGCUGUGAUGGUGUUGGUUUCUUCCAAGUUCCAACCAUUCUGAGUCCAUGACAUGAAUCAAAUGAGAUUUUCUGAAGAAAUAAUAUGAAUUGAAAAUGGUCAAUCACACAUGCCCCAUACUACUACCAAGAAGAGAAAAAGAAAAGGAAGACAUUCUGAUUCAAUCAGACUCAUGUUCAAGUGGGCUAAAACGACAUCACAACCAACUUGUGCUUUGCUCCAAGUUUUCAAUGGUUUGUUUCAAUUAUUGCAAAAACUUCAAAAUAAUUAGACAGUAGUAGUGUCGUGUGAGAUUGACACUGUGGAGUGUUCUCUAUGGAUGAGUUGGUGAAGAAAAACUGAAAUCAUGGACUGCUACGGUUGACUAAGCUGUCGUUUUUUUCCAUUAGACUCUUGUGAUUUCUACAUCACAUAAGCGUAAAUAAAAACACAAUUUAUAUAUCCAAAACAUUUCGUUUUUACAUGAAAAUGUGAAGGUAUUCUUAUUUUUGCCAACUAUGAUGGUUAGACACAACUUCUCACUUGUUAAUUUGAUCUCUUUUUCAUUUUCUAUAUAAUUUUUCCUUGUCUAUCUAUGUAUGUAGUGAUAAUGAAAACAUAAAUAUACACAAUAUGCAUUCCGAUAUCAUUUGAG